UCUCCGACUGUGCAUAGUUGCAGAAACAUCUCUUCAAAUCUUUCACCCUUUCGCCUCUAUAUCUAUAUCAAAAAGAUCUUAUUAUUCAAAUGGGAGUGAAUGAGAAAUUUUACUCAUGACUCUUCCUAAAUCAUAGACGGCGGCCAUGUUCAAAUCUACUCGUUUUCCCAAAUCUAGAAAACAGGGCUUAUGUGAUUUGGAAAAACCAUCCGAGAACGAUUAUGUCGUCGUCUUCGUCCUUCUUUUCGUUGUUGUUCAUAUUUCUCUGAUUCUCCUUGUCCAUGAUGUCGGACGACCACUCUGUUUCUAGCUUAUACUGCUGCGAAGGGGACGCUAUUUUUUGGGAUACCGACACCUGCAGUCCGGAUCCCUCCAUAACGACUAACACUUAUCUGUCAACGACCGACGACGAUGAUGGCCAAGAGAGGAAUCGCUUUUUUGCGACACUCAUGGAUUCCGAACUCCACCACUUGCCGGUGUCCGACUAUCAGCGACGCUUUUUCGAUCGUUCGAUUGAUGCCACCGCCAGACAGGACGCCAUUAACUGGAUGUUGAAGGUGCAUACGUACUACCACUUCAGACCUGUAACGGCGUAUCUCUCCGUCAAUUAUCUCGAUCGUUUCUUAUGCUCUCAUAACCUCCCGCAUGAGAAUGGGUGGCCUUUACAGCUGUUGUCGGUGGCGUGCGUCUCUAUAGCAGCGAAAAUGGAGGAAGCGAGCGUUCCCCUCCUCUUAGACUUACAGAUGGUGGUAUCUAGCAGAUUCGUAUUCGAACCCAGAACAGUUCAACGGAUGGAGCUCCUAGUCAUGACCAAUCUCAAAUGGCGAAUGCGCUCCAUUACACCAUUCGAUUUUGUUGACUAUUUUGUUUCUAAGCUUCCAUGCUUCAGUUCCCGACACCCGUUCCUCAGUUGUGUUUCAUCGCGUGCUUCGGAUCUUAUUCUUAGCACAACUCGUGUCGUAGAUUUCCUGGGUUUUACUCCGUCGACGAUAGCCGCGGCAGCAGUGCUUUGUGCUGCUCGGCGAGGAGUGGAUAGCACAGGGUCCGGCAGCGAUGAUCGGGGCACGGCGACUUUUUUUGACAAAAUGAACAGAGAAAUGGUAAAAAGCUGUCACCAACUAAUGGAGGAGUAUCUGGUGGACACGUGUCCGAUGGCUCGCCUGAAACACCGGAGAACGGAACCUGAGCCACCAAGCCCGGUGGGCGUACUCGAUGCGGCUGCCUGUAGGAGCUGUGAUACCCAAAAGUCUGGUGCCGAGAAUCCCGAUCCCAGCCCAGGCGAACUGCCUAACAAGCGCCAGAGAUCAUCGGGACCGUCGGAUGUACAUCAAUUAUAGUUAAAACUUAAAAGACUACUGCUCCCCCGAUUCCUCAAAUUGUUUCUUUUUCUUUUUGUGGAAAUUGGAAAACAAAUUAAAUAGCUUUGCUUGACGAUGACGAACGGUUUAAGAUUGAAGUUGGAGGAUCAAGGAUGAGGAAGAACUGCUGUAGAGGGAUUCUUUUUUGGUUUCUUGUUUAUUAUUGGAAUAUAAAUUUAUUUUAUAAAAACUUUGUCCAUAUUUUUGUGGAGUGGGUCAGGGUCAGGGGUCUCUCCUCAGACCUCACUCCUCACACACUCUCACACUCGCACAGUCUGUCGCACUCUCAUGUUUUACUUUCUGACUGACUAUCUUUAAAGGCUAAAAGCCAAUUAAGAAUAAUGUUUCAAUUAUUUUGGA